AAUAGAGGUGGAGCGAGCGGCAGAGCAGAGCAGCGGAUCUUUCUUAGGCGGGCGGCAGCAAGUCCGGGCACCUCUGUUUUUAAAAAACCUGUUCUUGUUAAGGAAUUAAAUAAACCAAUAUAAUUCCUCACGAUCCAUAUCGAAAGCUGGCAAAGCCUACGCACAUCCUCAGGAUCUUCGUCAAAAUUCAAACCGAGUUGAAAUAUCGUGAAUCCGACAACAUUGCUCCUCGAUUGAUUCGCAUGCCAGUCGAGGCAUUCACCAAUUGUCGCCGGCCUUCCUCAAUUUGUUCUGUUUCAUUUGAGCUCACCUCCGACUCCGACACUACAUAUACAGCCUCCAAUCCAUGCAGAGAGCCAUCACCAAACGCAUCAGCAAUGGCGGACCUCAAAAAGACUCGCUUCCCACUCUGCCUUCUCUCGUUCUUACUCUGCUUUGCUCUGUCUCAGGCUUCGUAUGAUCUGACCGCCGUCUCGCAGCGCCGGACUUACAUAGUCCAGGUGCGGCAGCAGGAGGGCAUCUCGUCGGACCUCGAGGCCUUUUAUAGAUCUUUCCUCUCUGCGGUCAAUCCGGAGCUGCAAAUGAUCUACGCUUACACCGAGGUGUUUACCGGCUUCGCUGCUCAGUUAACGAAGCCCGAAUUGGCGGCAAUGUCGGCGUUGCCUGGCUUCCUUCGCGCUUUCCCCGACCGCUUAUACCAGCUCACGACCACCCAUACGCCGGACUUCUUGGGGUUGAACCUGCAGCGGGGUUUGUGGAAUCAAUCCAACUACGGCCAGGGGAUCAUCAUCGGACUGCUCGACACCGGCAUCUACCCGGACCACCCUUCCUUCAAUGGCUCCGGAUUGCCUCCGCCGCCGCCGAAGUGGAAAGGACGAUGCAGCUUUAACGUGUCGAGCUGCAACAACAAGCUCAUCGGCGCCAGAGCAUUUAUUGGCGGCUCGGCGACUGAGACGCCGAUAGACGAUGUGGGACACGGAACCCACACGGCCAGUACGGCAGGUGGAGCACCGGUCCCCGGCGCUCAAGUCCUAGGGAACGCAUACGGCGUGGCCACUGGCAUAGCGCCCCUCGCGCACAUCGCCAUGUACAAAGUUUGCGCCGAUAUUGGUUGCGAAAGCAGUGAUAUAUUGGCCGGAAUGGACGCGGCGGUGUCCGACGGAGUCGACGUGCUCUCUAUUUCUCUCGGAGGUCCCUCGCUACCAUUUGACGAGGACUCCAUCGCUGUGGGCGCCUUCGGAGCGAUCGAGAAGGGAGUGUUCGUGAGCUGUGCAGCUGCCAAUUCCGGACCAGAUCCGAGCUCGCUGUCCAACGAGGCGCCAUGGAUCCUCACAGUCGCUGCCAGCACAAUGGAUAGGGAGAUCAGGUCGACGGUGAAGCUCGGCAAUGGCCAAACAUUCAACGGAGAGACGCUCUACCAACCAAAGUCGUUCGCCCCCGAUCUCUACCCUUUGGUCGAUGCCGGAACAGGCUCUUCAUCACUCUCCCAGUACUGCGCCGAUAGUUCCUUUGAAGGCGUCGACGUCAAGGGAAAAAUCGUGUUGUGCGAAUCCGGAGCGGUCUCAGGUGUCCAAAAGGGGGUCUACGUGAAGAACGCCGGCGGCGUCGGCAUGAUCGUCAUGAACCAGUUCUAUCAGGGUUACACUACCUUCCCCAGCGCCCACGUUCUCCCGGCAUCGCAUGUUAGUUUCGCCGCAGGCGAUCAAAUCAGAGCGUACAUCAACUCGAGCUCCAAUGCCACUGCGACGUUCCUGUUUGAGGGCACCGUGCUGGGCACAUCCCCUGCUCCGGUCAUCUCAUUCUUCUCUUCAAGAGGCCCAAGCUUGGCUAGUCCCGGAAUUUUGAAGCCGGACAUCACCGGGCCCGGCGUCAAUGUCCUGGCAGCCUGGCCGUCCAAUUUACUUCCGGUGCCGACGCCCGGCCCAGGAUUUAAUAUGAUAUCAGGGACAUCCAUGUCCACACCUCACCUCAGCGGCAUUGCUGCUCUCAUCAAAAGCGCGCACCCAGACUGGUCUCCGGCCGCCAUCAAAUCAGCGAUCAUGACGACCGCCAGCGUGGUCGACAACGCCGGAAAUCCCAUCCUAAACGAGCAGCACCUCCCGGCCGAUAUUUUUGCUAUCGGCGCCGGCCAUGUGAACCCCGCCAAGGCCGGAAGCCCCGGGCUAGUGUACGACCUCUCUCCCGAUGACUACAUCGCUUACCUUUGCGGCUUGGGUUACACGGACGCUCAACUCAAGUUGAUCACCGGCAGAGAUGUCGCCUGCCAAAACGCGACUAGCAUCCAAGAAAAGGACUUGAACUACCCUUCGAUCUCAGUGGUUCUCAGUGCCAACGCAACGACGGUGGAAGUGAAGCGGACGGUGAAGAACGUUUUCGACGGACCGGCCACCUUCAUUGCCGAGGUCGUUGUGCCAUCGGGAGUGUACGCCCGUGUCUACCCGCGAAUUUUGAGCUUCUCCGGCCAGAACGAAGAGGCGAUGUAUUAUUUGACGUUCCAGAUGCGCGGCGGCGGCGGCGGCGGUGCAGUUGCGGCGCAGGGCUAUUUGAAAUGGGUUUACGGCAAGAUCGAAGUGAGGAGUCCGAUCUCUUUUACCUUUAAGUAGGACGAGAGGAGCAGCUCCCGGCGAGCUUGUCCAGCAAUAAAACAUGUGAACGGUGUGGUGCAUUAUUCAAGCGUCUGGUAAUGUUACGUGGUUCUUUAAUGACAAGAAGAUGUGGCGACACUUCAUUUAUUUAAGCAUAUAUAUGAAUCUUAAUGAUGAUUUUACUCU